AGCCGGCCGGGUCGUACCGGGCCCGCUCGCCAAGGCCAGCUCCGAGCAGCCAAACCCAGCCCCCUGGACUCGGGGUGGGCGGGGAGGGGCGGCCGGCCUGGCGCCUCUGCUGCGGGGAGCAGGAGGACGGGCGAAACUUUCUUCCCCGGCGGCGGCAAGGUACCGGUGGCCGCCGAGGCGAGCGCUGCCGGCAUGGGCCCCGACACGCUGCAGCUCGGCACCUAUGGCGGAGCGGCUGCGGCCGCUCUGCUCCUCUGGGCCGUGUGCCUGCUCUGCAGGAGGAAAAGGAAGUCUGGAGAGCCCCCACUAAUAAACGGCUGGAUCCCUUACCUUGGGAAGGCUCUGAUUUUUAGAAAAGAUGCUUUCAAAUUCUUACUGGAUCAGCAAAAGAAACUUGGAGAUAUUUUCACUGUACAUAUUGCUGGUAGAUACAUUACUUUUAUCAUGGACCCAUUUCAAUAUGUCUAUGUCAUCCGAAAUAGCAAGCAACUUGAAUUUCAUGAAUUCGCUGAUAAAAUGGCUUCCAAAACUUUUGACUACCCAGCCUUGUCAAAAGGAAAAUUCCCUGAUCUCAAGGAAAACCUGCAUAGAAUCUACCAGUAUCUACAAGGCAAGCCUUUGGAUAUCAUUUCUGACCACAUGAUGAAAAAUCUCCAGGAUAUAUUUGAAUGGAAAUGCUCACAAGCAACAGAUUGGGAAACAGAAAAAAUGUACAAAUUCUGCUGCUCUGUAAUGUUUGAAGCCAGUUUUGUAACACUGUAUGGAAGAGUUCCUGCUGCAGAUGGCCACAAAGUUAUUAGUGAAAUCAGAGACAAAUUUAUCAAGUUUGAUGCCAGCUUUCCCUAUUUAGCUGCAAACAUACCAAUUGAGUUGCUAGGAGCUACCAAGAAGGUUCGGAAGGAGCUUAUACAUCAUUUUUUACUUCAGAACAUGACAAAAUGGCUGGGAGGGUCAAAAGUGGUCCAAGCCAGACAAGAUAUAUUUGAGAAAUAUGAGCUGCUUGGAGAUUAUGACAAAGCAGCACAUCAUUUUGCCUUCCUGUGGGCCUCUGUGGGAAACACGAUUCCAGCUACAUUCUGGGCCAUGUAUUAUCUUCUGCGGCACCCAGAAGCUCUUGCAGCGGUGCGUGACGAGAUUGACCAUUUGCUGCAGUCAACAGGUCAAAAGAGAGGGCCCACAUAUAACAUCCACCUCACCAGAGAACAAUUGGACAACCUGGUCUACCUAGAGAGUGCCUUAAACGAGAGUUUACGAAUGUGCUCAUCCUCCAUGAACAUUCGCAUCAGCCAGGAGGAUUUUGUUCUCAAGCUUGAAGGGAAUCAAGAAGUCGGUUUGAGGAAAGGAGACUGGAUAGCCCUUUACCCACAGAUUUUGCACAUGGACCCUGAGGUCUAUGAAGAUCCUAAGGAGUAUAAGUUUGAUCGAUACAUAGAGAAUGGCAAGAAGAAAACCACCUUCUACAAGGCAGGAAGAAAACUGAAGUAUUUCCUAAUGCCCUUUGGCUCUGGGAUCAGCAUGUGUCCAGGGAGGUUCCUUGCAAUGAAUGAGAUGAAGAUGUUUCUUUUCUUACUGUUGGCUCAUUUUGAUGUAGAACUAGUGGAAAACAAAGCUGUAAGACUUGAUAACAGCCGUAUGGGCCUUGGUAUCCUCCUGCCAGACGUCGAUAUUGACUUCCGUUACAAGCUAAGGUCCUUAAGAAAGUGAGUGGCUGCCUAUAUGCCUUCUACUAAUCUCUGUGUUUGCUCUGUUUUAUCACUCAGCUUUGUAUUUUUGGAAGCAUUUGCUUUUCCCUCUCUGCUUUUACCUCCUUCCUAUUUGUUUCUAAGGAGAAAAGCCCUUUGGCUGGAAGUAGAUACCAGAUGCAGGGACAUGCAACCUCAUUUUGUCCUGCCUGAGUCAUGAGUAGUAACCUGAGACGACAAGAGCUUGGCCAAGUAAAUGGUCCAGUGUCCCUACAAGACAGACCCCCCAACUCUUGGCCAUGAAUUGGGUAGGAUUUACAGGGAGGAUGACAUCAAGCUGAAUCCAGGCCAUUUAUAUGGCAAAUGGGCUUAGCAACCCUUUGUCACAGGGAUUAGAUUGGAAGGUCCCAUACACUCACCAUCUGGGGGCAUCUCUGCAUCUGGUCAUAGAAGAAUAAUAGUAAGAAAGGGGGAACUUCAUUCUAGGGGGUGAAAGACUUUUUAGUGAUUAUUAUUCUAACUUUCUAUUUACUCUGUUCCCUUCAUGGUCUUCUGUGUCUUAGCCCUUAUUUGGGAGAUGUAAUGGAAGCUGUGUCGGGUGGUGGGGAAUGAUUUGCAAGACUGUCUUACUGGCAACACAUUUCUGACUUCAGUUUGAUGUACUGAGGGUGAAUGCUUUGCUUCUCUUUUUUUCCCCUUUUUUUUUUUC